CCUCGGCAUGGAGCUGGAGGAGGAGUGCGAUGUUUUGGAUCCAGAGAGAUUAAUACCAUGUCCAUAUAAUAAACAUCAUCAAAUCAGAGCCUGUCGUUUUCCCUAUCAUCUUGUAAAGUGUAAGAAGAGCUACCCUGAAGUUGCAAAGACGUUGGCCACGUGCCCCUUCAAUGCUCGCCAUCUAGUUCCUCAAGCUGACCUAAGCGAUCAUGUAUUGAAGUGCAGUGACAAAGGGUUAAUUGAGCAAGAUACAGAAAAUUGGUCCUCCGGCUUCCAGAGAGAGCAGAUGAAUGCAAUGAGCACAUGGCAGGCACCUCCAUGUGAAGAAGACUGGGAAACAGAGUUGUCAGAGCAGUCAAAUUUGCCUUUUGUUUGGGGCAUGAUCAACUCUGGCAUAAACAGUUCCAGUACCACCUCUGAACAGAAGAAUUGCUUGCCUUCAACAGUACGUGCCCCUGCAUCCUUCCCAGAUGCCAUCUUGUUAAAGCAUCCUGAUCGCACCUCUGCAGCUUCCAGCCUUAACUUUGUCACAUGGAUGGAUGGUGCUUCAAGUCCUAAAAUAAUGGAGAAUCCUCUGUGAAUUGCCUGCAGUGUGUACAAUACCAAACACAUUGGAAACAUUCACUGGAAAUUGAAAGUGUAUCCUUAAGUACUUGUCUAGUUUCCAUCUGAGUUCUGUAGUUUUUUAACACUUACAACAUGUUUGAGACUUGUUAACAACUGUUCUUUGUUGGAGGGGCAGGCAGGGAGGGAGCAGGAAUGGUUUAAAUCACUAAAAAUACAUGUUUAGGGCUGUGUAAACGUUUGGAUCCAGCAGUAUAUUUCUAAAAAUGGAUGCAAAGUACAAAAUGGCAUCUAAAUGCACAGAGAACUAAGAAACCAGACAUGGUGUUUGUCUAGAAAGAAAUUAAUGCCUUUUACAUUUUUAAAAUACAGAAUUUCCAUUUGUAUUACUACCAGUGUAAAAUAAUACAUGUCGAUUAGAAUGUGCAAAGUCAGGAUUAUUUUUAAAUUUGGUUCUGUUGAGAUUCUUGUUGGCAAUUUUGAGUUAAAAGGUUGUGAAUACUGUUGGACCCACUUUAUAUUUUGAAGACAUCUGCAGUGAUUUGUUAUACUCUUGUUCUGUUGAAUAAAUAAAUGCUUACACAG